UUCGCAAUUUUAUAUCAAUUUUAAAUCUGUCGAACGCCCAGUCCAUAAAGAAAAUGGAUUUCAGGUUCUCGGUGGUGUUAGUGUGUGUUUACAAUGUGUGUAACAUUGUUCAAGGAUACACGUCAAACUUAAAAUUUGAUAGCGACUGUGAUGAUUACAACACCAGAACCAUCUUUAGUGACGACGUUUAUUACGUCCAAUGGAGCGGAACCUCUUUAUCGGAUACAUGUUCGUAUCAGUUCAGUCCAUUCGACACCGAUUAUAAAGUAUGCGUCGAGGCCACGAGUUUUUACAUCUCAAGUUGCCAAACCCACCUUAAAUAUUAUGGAGGGAUUAUAGCAAGCGAUCUGAAACACAGCUAUAGUUGUUACGAUCCCACUCCCAUAAAGUACUGUGGUGGUACAUAUGAUGACGUCAAGAUUCGUCUAACAACAGCCUCCUCCCCCUCUCUGUUACGAGGAUAUUUUACACUCAAAGUAACAACAAAAAACGGAAAUCAAGUUGGUAUUAUUGCUGGAUCAGUCGUUGGUAGUAUCGUCUUUGCCAUCAUCGUCAUCGCUGUGAUCGUCGUAAUCUGUCAACGCCGCCGACGUUACGGUACACCAGGAUUGAUAGUGAGUCCUGCAAACCAACCGCAGGUUGUGACGUCUACAUCUGCAUAUUCUGGAGGAGUUGUCAAUCCAAACUAUCCUAACUCCGCCCCUUAUAACUGUCAGAACAACCCAGGGACGGGAAGUGUGAUGAAUUCCUACCCACCACCGUAUAGCGCCGCCUCUAACCAUCCGCCUCCAUACACCGGAAGUACAACGCCAUAUCCUAACCCCGGACAGAACAACGCUUAUCCCUCUGGAUAUCCUAAUCAGCUUCCGAAUAACCAAAUUUAAACUUCCGUCAUAACUUCAACAAUGUUUUGUGUUGGUGCUAUAUUAGAUAUAUAUAUGUACUAGAAUCCCAUGCUUAAAUCAUGAACAUAUGAGGUUGAUUCUUCGAAAUGCGUGUUCUGAUUUGGGGUAAUUUUAUUAUAAAGUUGUUGAAUUAUCAAACUUAAUAUAAUCAAUACGUUUAAUUGUAUAUUAUUAGAGCUCACGGCGGGUGUGACCAGUCGACAGGGGAUUCUUACUCCUCCUCGGUACCUGCUCCUACCUCUGGUACAUUCAGAGGUCCGUGUUUGCCCAAAUCGUUAUUUUGUAUUGCUUAUAGGAAUUAUGAAAUUGAUCACUGUUCGUUAUCUUCGCCUUUCAUUGCAAAUAUUGCAAAUAUUGAUUCAUACGCUACAAAUAAGUCAGAUUCCUUAAUCGAUGUCAAGUUUCCAAAAGUGAGUGUGCAGAUAGUGGACUACGAAUUACUGAACUAGUUGGUCAUUUUAGAAUUUUUGACACUGAAACAUGAAAGGUGAAGAUAAGAAACAGUGAUCAAUCUCAUAAAACACAAAAUAUGAAUGGUCUGUCGGGAGACAUUGAAAUAAAGUGAGGACCACACACUGAGACUCGACAAAGAAAGGAUGUCACGAGAACAUGGAGAAAAGUUUGGAUUAAGUAGUAUUUUAGACUUGAUCGACAAUCCUCACUGUUAUAGGAUCAUUAACUAUAGUCUAUAAGACUGAGCAUGAAAUAUAUCAAAAUUAGAUAAAACUAUUUCCUGUACUUUAAUACACAAGUAGCAGGAGAGAGAGAGAGAGAGAGAGAGAGAGAGAGAGAGAGAGAGAGAGAGAGAGAUUUUCAUGACAAUUUUUGUUGAGAUAGUACGUGUGUUAUGCAUAACUCUUAAAUAUGCCUCUUGUUCUUGCAGUGCAGGAGAUUUGUCUUUCAGAAAACAUCUUGCUGUAGAGAUAAAUUAAGUUUCAGUUACAAUUUCUUAAAUGAGUCUUUGUACUUUUCUGUAUAUCAAUACCAUAUAUGUUUAUCUUAAUAUAGUUCUCAGUGUGUGUGUGUCUCCGACAAGAAUACAAAUAAAACAGUAGUAUUUGGUGCAUGAGAAUAGUGAUCCUAUGACAUUUAGCCAUUGCAUUUCAAUGCCUCUUUACAAUAUGCUGUAUUUGUUUGAAAUAUGUUUUUUUUUCUAAUUGACAUGUUUUUCAAAUAAGAUUAUAGUUGUGAAUUAUAUUUUAUAUCAUAUAAUAACAAAUAAUUAUUUUCCUUAUUUUUAAAUUCUAAAUAUUAGAUAAGCUAUCCGUCUUGUAGGCAUGUUUUACUAAAUAUUCAUAUCAUUCAUCAAAUCACAGCGGAAUUUGAACUAUAUAUCAAUACCUUUAAUUGUAUAUUAAUAGAGCUCACGGCGGGUGUGACCAGUCGACAGGGGAUUCUUACUCCUCCUCGGUACCUGCUCCUACCUCUGGUACAUUCAGAGGUCCGUGUUUGCCCAAAUCGUAUUUUGUAUUGCUUAUAGGAGUUAUGAGAUUGAUCACUGUUCGUUAUCUUCACCUUGCAUAAAUCUCUUUUGCCAACACUUUUUCGGAAAACUGAGGCCCGUGGGGUACAUAGCUCACAUGAAUCACCCUAGCCCUUCCAUUGUUCAGCUGUUCUGAUUUUUAAAAGGAUUCUAUCAAUAGGAGAGGGUUAUAUUAUUGUAACUACAGUGUGUAACUUAUUAAACGAUACCUGAUCGGAUAUCUCUCGUUCGGGUUUGGUGUUACCAUAAUUAUACAAUUUCCUGUCCAGGGUCCGUGUUUGCUCAACUUUUUAUUUUGUAUUCCUUACAGGAGUUACAUGUAUGAAAUUGAUCACUGUUCGUUACCUUCACCUUUCAUACAUGAAAUUAUCUCGUAUACUUUGUACAGCAUUUUAUUUAAGUUAGAUAAUGGAAAUGUGUAUCGUUCAAAGUGUUUAAACGAUAUCUUAAUUAGGACUGGUGAUAUUUAGAUUUGGAAUGAUCAACAUGUAGAUGUUAGAUUUUCAUAGAUAUAAACAGCCUUUUUAUGUCGCAUUUGUUGAAACUUGGAAAGAUCCAAGUGCAUAACUCGUGUAAAUGUUUUGAUAAUCGGAUGUAUCAGACAACGUUUGGUUUUUAUAAUUAUUCAACGAUGCUACCACAAGAUUUAUUGUAUAACUUUUAUCACUUUCGAUGAAAUAGCCUUAAAUUGGUAAUUGAAACUAGCAAGUUCUUGCGUAUUGAUAUGUCUGAAUGAAUAUGCAUUGUUUGUAACAAACAAGGUUAACGGGAUGGGUUCAAUUGUCUCUUCAGCCGUAGCUAUUUUAUUCCAGAAAUGUUGCUUUCCAGGAACAUGUUAGAAUACCUAAUUGAUUGUCCAAACACUAUUAGCUAUAGAUAAUUAAUGAAUUGUGAAGACAAAUUUACUAUGAUGGUCCUUACCAAAUUUGUUAAGAUAGUAAUGUUCCUAUACAAAUGACAUUACCUUCCUGUUGUAUUCAUGCAUUGUGGUCAACAUUGUUUAUUAUUGAAUUUACGUUUUUUUGUACUGCUAUGCUCGAUGAAAAUAAAAAAUUUCAAAGGAAAUGUCA